GCCGCAAAGCGCGACGCGGUGUCGCGCUUGGAGUCGCGCUUGGCGGCGGCGGCGUCGCGCGAGGCCGGUGAAGGACGGGCCGGGGGAGGGCCGGGGGUUUCGUGACAGCGGCCGUGUCGCGACAGAGCGCGCAACCAUGCCCUUCUGGGACCUGCAGAAGCAGCUGGGCAUCGACGUGGACACCUGGCUGCUGCGGCAGAGCAUGCCGCAGCCGAACCGCAGGGCCGCCGUGUGUCACGCCUUCGAGCGCGAGUGGGUAGAGUGCGGGCACGGGAUAGGCCGGACGCGCGCCGAGCGCGAGUGCCGGCCCGAGUACGAGGACUUCAUGGAGUGCAUGAUGCGCGUCAAGAUGGCCAAGAGGCUCCAGACCAUCCUGCAGCAGCGGGACAAGAUGAUCAAGGAAGGGAAGUACACCCCACCUGACUACCACCAGGGCAAGGACGACUCCAGGCCGUGAUUCCCGGGGUCCUGACGUGGAAUUCCUGCGGGAAGCAAGCCCACAGGACACAGGGGUGGGCAGUGACCCCACGCAUCACUCGAGCAGUAAAUAUCCCUUUGGAAUGUC